AGGCUGAAAAUAAUGAGCAAGCAAGAACUCAAAUUCUCGCUCUCUUAAUCUUGAUGUCAAUUACUCAUAGUAUUACCCAAAACCCACUUACUAAUCAUGUCACCUUGCAAUCCUUUGGAAACAAUUUCAUUCCCAAAAUAGAAAGAUUUCCCAAUCGAAUUCAUCAAGCACCCAUUAAACUCACAAAAUGUCUCUCGAAUUCAUCAUCAAUCCAAUCAACCCACAAAAUUGCCCAUGAAUUUGAUCCCAAUAUUCCAAUUGAAGAGGCUCAAACUCCACCCUGUUCAUGGUAUUUUGAUCCCGAAUUUUAUUCCCAUGAGAUUGAUCGUGUUUUCUACAGUGGAUGGCGAGUUGUAGGAUGCGUUGAUCAGAUAAAGAAUGCUCAUGACUAUUUCACUGGCAGAUUGGGAAAUGUGGAAUAUGUGAUAUGCCGAGAUGGCGUUGGUAAAAUUCAUGCAUUUCACAAUGUUUGUCGGCAUCAUGCUUCUAUUCUUGCUUAUGGAAGUGGUAGAAAAACCUGCUUUGUAUGCCCUUACCAUGGAUGGACAUAUGGCUUAGAGGGAAAUCUUCUUAAGGCUCCAAGAAUUACAGGACUGAGGAAUUUUAAUCCCAAGGAGUAUGGUCUCGUACCAAUUAAUGUUGCAACAUGGGGGCCAUUUGUUGUUGUCAACUUAAGUUCUUCCGAAGAAGAAGUUGAUUAUGGAAAUAUGGAGAAUGACUGGCUAGGUGGUUCAGCUGACCUGCUUAGUAUCAAUGGAGUUGACACCUCUCUGAGUUACAUUUGUAGACGCGAGUACACCUUAGAGUGUAAUUGGAAGGUAUUUUGUGACAAUUAUUUGGACGGUGGAUAUCAUGUUCCAUACGCACACAAAAAUCUUGCUUCUGGGCUGAACCUGGACUCAUACAGCACUGAAAUGUUUGAAAAAGUUAGCAUCCAAAGAUGUGCGAGCUCAUCCACAGAAACUGGAGAGGAUUUUGACAGACUUGGAUCUAAAGCACUCUAUGCUUUUGUUUAUCCCAACUUCAUGAUUAACAGGUAUGGCCCUUGGAUGGACACCAACCUUGUUAUUCCGUUGGGACCGCGGAAAUGUCAAGUAGUGUUUGACUACUUUCUUGACGCGUCAUUGAAGGAUGACAAGGCUUUCAUUGAGAGAAGCCUAAAAGACAGCGAAGAAGUACAGAUAGAAGAUAUCAUGUUAUGUGAAGGAGUACAAAGGGGACUAGAAUCACCUGCAUAUAAUACUGGAAGAUAUGCACCCACUCUCGAGAAACCAAUGCACCAUUUUCAUUGCUUGCUGUACAGGAACCUAACAGAACAGACUCUUCAAUUUUAGGUUUUUUAGGUGUGAUUAUGCUAUUUAAGUUGAUAAUAGAUGAUCUAUGACUUCUUAUGUGUUCACUCUUGGUGGUUUUGCGGCUAAUUAGAAGAGACAACUUUGCAGCCUACAAUGAGUCCGUCUACUGUAUAUAGAAGCAGAGUACAUGGUAUUGACGGAAGCUGCAAAAGAGGAAUUAGGUUCACUCUUGUUCUUUUUUGUUGAAUUUCAAGGUCUUGAAAUUCAGUCUAGUUUGCGUUCAGUUCAGUUCAGUUCAGUUCUAAAGAGCAAUGUCUGUGUGUAACUGUGUAAGUGACAGAAGCACAUUAACAUUUUGCUCUUUAGAGGACAAAAUGUGAGGCACAAGAUUCAAGUUAUUUUCUUCAUCUUUAUUUCAGCAUUUGCCAACUAAUUAUGGUGCACCCGUAAAGUUUGUGUGUUCAUUAACCUAGCAUAGUUUUGUAAUAAUUUUUCCUCAAGAUCUGUAAGACAUGCAUCGUCUCCUGGACCUAACACAUUGUUUGUGAACCACAUAAAGUUUGUGUUUUCUUAUUAA